AUGGCGCAUCUGGUCGUCGAUGGCCUUGCAGCCAGUGAUGGUUCAUGGAGCCUUCCGAUUCUGGUGACAGAUAUGAAUAUACAGAGGAACCUCUAUGUUCGUGGAGACUUGCAUAUAGGUGGUCUAAUGAUGCGCCUCGUCGACGAAAUUGACGUGACUAGGGAUUGGUCUGAUCAUGCGUUGUGGUGGCCGGAAAAACGACGUUGGCUUCAACACACUCGCUCAACUUUAGAUCAAUGUGGUGUCACUGCAGACUCUAAAUUAGAGUUUACUCCAAUGCAUAAGGAUGCAAGGGUACAGCUGCCUGACAAUCAGAUCAUUGAAGCUCGUUUGGACUUCUCUGUGAAUGCUUUUAAAGCAACGCAGAAAUUGUGUCGCGACUUGGGAAUACGACACUCUGAAGAGCUCGGCUUGAAGAGGUUGAUUCCCCCUGAAAUCUUACGAAAGGGAACGUACGAAGCAGAAAAUUCCACAGGGCCCCAGCCCAUACGACCCGGGGAAGAGUCCGUUGGUCCAAUGACACUAAGAAAAGCAACGCCCAUUUUCGCCUCUCAAACACAGAUUGAUGGACGAGUACGACGUGGGCAAUCACCAGCUCUUUCAACGAGCGGACACAUUUUCAACGCGCAUGAAAUGGGAACUUUGCCAAGACAUGGGACCCUUCCCAGGGGAGCAAGCCCCAGUCCAGGCGCUUACAAUGGGACCAUGGGUCGUGUGCCAAUUAUGCCUAGCAUCAGCUUCUGCGAAGGUUUGGAGAAUGAACAGUUCGACAUGGCUCUUGUACAUACCCCACGACAGGCCGUGAACAGAGAUACAGUAGUAUUCCGUCCACAAAAUUACAUUGAAAAAGCAGCACUGAAUAGGGGUUGGUUAGACUCUAGCAGGUCGCUGAUGGAACAAGGUGUUUUCGAAGGAGAUGUUGUCCUGCUCCGUUUUAAAUAUAUGACAUUCUUCGAUUUGAACCCAAAGUACGACCCUGUACGUAUCAACCAGUUGUAUGAGCAAGCAAAGUGGUCAAUUUUACUGGACGAAUUUGAUCAUACUGAAGAGGAGGCUUCUCUGUUUGCAGCACUACAGUUGCAAGCCACACUCCAGCGGGACUCCCCGGAACCCGAAGGUCCAGCCAAGGACGAUGUAGACAUGAUGCUAGAUGAACUGGAGCAGAACUUGGAUGCUGCGGCUCUUGGGCGUCGUUCCGACCUUAUGCAAGUGCCUGAGCUAGCCGAUUACCUAAAGUACAUGAAGCCGAAGAAGCUCGCGGCCUUUAAAGGGUUCAAACGUGCAUUUUUCUCAUUUCGAGACCUAUAUCUGAGCUAUUAUCAAAGCUCAGCAGAGAUUCAUCAACCGCCUCUCGGGCAUUUUUCUCUGAAAGGUUGUGAGGUCAGCCCAGAUGUUUCUGUCUCCCAAGGGAAGUAUCACAUAAAACUGCUGGUACCUACUGCUGAAGGCAUGACUGACUUUGUUUUAAAGUGUGACACGGAACAUCAAUAUGCAAGAUGGAUGGCAGCGUGCCGCUUAGCUUCUCGUGGGAAGUCUAUGGCUGAUUCAUCGUAUCCUCAGGAAGUGGAAAGCAUCAAAAAUCUUUUGCAUAUGCAAACCACAGCCAAUGGACGGAAUGAGAACAGCAAUGCUCGUCGUGCAACACCAGUAAAACUUCCUAGUGAUUUCAAUGUGGAAGAGUAUGUUUCACAAAGAUAUGUGCGGAAAGCGAGAAGUAAACAAGGGCUACAACAACGUGUUGCGGAUGCACACGCAAACGUUCGUCAACUGACAUCUACUGAAGCAAAACUCCAGUAUAUAAGAGCGUGGCAAGCCUUGCCCGAGCACGGAAUGCAUUACUUUAUUGUGCGAUUUAGAAAUGGGCGAAAAGCUGAUUUGAUUGGUGUUGCUAUAAAUCGGCUUGUAAAGAUGAAUAUGGAGAAUGGCGAAAGCAUCAAAACUUGGCGUUUCUCAAAUAUGAAAAAAUGGCACGUCAAUUGGGAAAUCCGACAUUUGAAGAUACAGUUCGAGGACGAAGACAUUGAGUUUAAGCCUUUGUCAGCUGAUUGCAAAAUUGUUCACGAAUUUAUUGGUGGCUACAUUUUCUUAACUAUGCGAAGCAAGGAACAGAAUCAAACACUUAACGAAGAGCUUUUUCAUAAAUUGACCGGAGGAUGGGUGUAG